AUGACCUCCCCCUUCAAUCGCCGGCCGCUUCCGGACUACUUCCUCUCUUCCCCGCUAGCAACGCUCAUCCACCCGCUACACCAACUGCUCAACCACCUCCGCGGGCCUCCCCGACUCCCACCCCCAGACGCCCGGCCUCUCCGCAUUGUCUGCAUCGCAGACACCCACACGCUCGAAUGCGCCGACAUCCCAGAUGGUGACCUGCUAAUCCACGCAGGCGACCUGAGCAACGACGGCAGCGUGCGCGAGAUCCAAGCAGCGGUGGACUGGCUGCGCAGCCUACCGCAUCCGCAGAAAGUCGUCAUCUGCGGAAACCACGACAGCUACUUCGACGUGCGCUCCCGACGACCGGAGGACCAACACGCGUCCUCUUCUUCCUACGCGAAUAUCUCCUCGUCUACCGCCUCCCUCUACUCCCUCGACGAGAACGACUCAGACCACGCCAUCGACUGGGGCGAUAUCCACUACCUGCAACACUCCUCCGUCACGCUCACCUUCCCCCCAACCUCCACCACCGCCACCACAACCCCUAACCCAUCAACAUCCCUAUCAACAACAUCAUCAUCAUCAUCCACCUCAACAUCCACCCGCCCCAGAACCCUAACCAUCUACGGCGCGCCCCAAAUCCCCAGCAUCGUCCCCUUCACCCCCGACCACGCCUUCACCUACCCCCCUCACCACAACGCCUGGUCGCACACCAUCCCCCCCUCAACAGACAUCCUAAUAACCCACACCCCACCGCAAUCCCACCUCGACCUCUCCCCGACCUACUCAACAGGCUGCCCCUCCCUGCUAUCCGAACUCUGGCGCGUACGUCCCGCCCUGCACGUCUUCGGACACGUGCACGCCGCCUCCGGCAGCGAGCCGAUCUUCUUCGACGCCGCGCAACAGGCCUGGGAGCGGAUCUGCGCUGCGCGACGGGCGCGGGCGCGGCUAUCGUGGCUGGGGAUGCUGGGUGGGUGGGUGCGCGAUUUGCUAGAUGUGGGGGGGUUGGUUGAUGCCGUUAGGGUGGUGAUGUAUGGGGUUCUCGGGGUGGUGUGGGCGAGGGUCUGGGGCGGGGAGAAUUUUGGAGGCGCCUGGUUGGUUAAUGCGGCUUGUAUGGGAGAUAGGGGGCGGUUGCGGAAUGGGGCCAAGGUUGUGAUUUUGUAG